GCUCCACGCCCCGCCUCGCUCGACUCGUCGUCCUCCUCCUCCUCCCGCCCGUGGCUCUGCCUCUCGAGACCGCUGCGCCGCUGGCUUCGAAAGGAGCUCCUCCGGUACGACCUGCACGCCUCCUAUCUGGUGACGUGCUACAUCACGGCGCACGAGUCGGCGCAGCAGGAGAUGCGGUGGGUGUUCGGCUCGCGCAAGGACUUUCUGCACGCCGAGGAGAAGAAGGUCGUCGCCGAGUCGAGAGCGUCGGUCGCGAGCGCGACCACCUUCCUGCGCGAGCUGGCGGCGCUGCCCGUGGGGCCAGUGCACACGCAGGCGGGCUUCCGAGGCGGCCGCGGCGCGGUGCUGCUCAAGGAGGUUGCGACGCGGCAGCUGAUCGCAGUCCUCCUCACCCGCGUCGAGCGCUUCAUCGAGAGCAUGCGCUCGCACGGCGUCAUCGAUGCGGACGGCGCGGCCGAGCUUCUCCACGAGGUCUCGCGCGACCGCCACGCGCUGCACCGCAGGCACGUCGUCAAGCAGCUCUCCCGCCCGCACGAGGGGCUCGAGCUAGAGGCGUGCGCGCGGGCGGUGCACGCCACGCAGGCGCUCGUGCGACGGCACAAGAAGGUGAGCUACGUCCACCCGACAAGCGGCGGCAGCGGGGCGGGCGGGAGCGGGGCGCGCCGCAAGGCGGGCCACGUCGAGCUCAAGGACGACGAGGUCUGACGCGGGCCUUCUCUGUUCUCGCGGGCGAGAAAAGACGCGUUGGGGCCAGCCCAGCCCCGGUGGAUCUCUUGUCGCUCGGCACUCGCCAGUAGCGCUGCCGCCACAACGUCUUCGUCGUUGAGGGCGAUCUAAGUGAACGAUUACCGUGUUAGUACACGGCCCUAUCGUAUCCUCUGGUGGGUAGCGCUCUCGGAUCAUGUGCCAAUUGAAUUUCAUGAGACUU